CGAAUGUUGGCAUCUCGAUCGCUUUUGGGCAGCAAGGCAAGAAUAUUACUUGCCUUCCACACCCUUAAUCACAUGCACGGCCCCCAUACAGACGCAGCUAUAAAACAUCACGAACGCCAUGAGAAGAUGUCCAUUGUCCAAAGCCAAGAGCAGCAGCAGAGGGUAGCUAGCUCGAACAGCACACUACUGAAGCUGAUCAGAAGGAAGCAGCAAGGCAAGCAGGUUUAGUUUAAGCAGCAGCUCGCCGCCGGCAAUAAUGCCGCCGUACCGGCUGCCGAUGUACCGGGAGAGGCCGGCGGUGAGGUGCAUCAACUUCCUCUGCGCCGUGCUGCUCACCAUGGUGCUCGUCGCCGGCAUCAUCAUGUUCGUGCUGUGGCUCAGCCUCCGGCCGCACCGGCCCAGGUUCUUCCUCGACGACUUCACCAUCCCCAACCUCAACCGGCAGUCCGGCGCCGUGAACCUGCCGGUGAGGUUCACCGUCGACGAGCGCAACCCCAACCAGAAGAUCGGCAUCCACUACGGCACCAUCUUCGGGUCGGUGUACUACAACGACCUGCUCGUCGCGUCGGGGCCGGUGGUCCAGCCAUUCUACCAGCAGCCCAAGGGCGACACGCCGCUGGCCGGCGAGCUCACGGCGUCCGGGCCGACGCCCGGCGACCCGGCGUGGCAGCGGUUCGCCGGCGACGCGGCGGCCGGCAGCGUCGCGCUCCGGCUGCUGCUCAACUCGACGGUGAGGUUCCAGGUGCAGAUGUGGGACACCAGGGAGCACCACAUGAAGGUGGACUGCGAGUUCGGCCUGCGUGGCGACGGCACGCUCCAGCAGGGGGACAAGAACAAGCAGUGUACGCUCUACUUCUAGGGUGGAUGGACCGUAUCUUAAUUUUUCCUCGAUUUUUCUUUGUGAGUGGUUUUAUAUUUUUCAUCGUUUGGAUUUUCGAGUGAUAUUGAUUAUUACUUUUUACCCCUUGUUGACAAAUGUAAUUUGUUUGUAACUGUACAUUAAUUUUAUUAAACUGUCUGAAUUAUUAAUGUUGUA